CCGCUGUACGAUGCUAGCUGGGUAUAGAAUCGUCUAGACAGGACCUCAAAAGGCGCAAACGUGUCAUCCCACGUCAUAUGGCCUUUCCAUCAUUUCCAGAAAUUACGGGUGAGCCGGGUGGCCACAAACGUAUAAAAGGCGCCCAACACCAGCCGCAUCUGCAGAACAAGUACAAGCAUCUUCACUCGACUCGAGCAACAACUAACGCACCCCACUCUACUCGCCUAUACUCUACUCGACAGCGAUGUCUCUCUUCCGCUACGAGCCUUUCUACGACGUCGACCGCAUCUUCAACGAGUUCUUUGGCGAGGCUCAACGCCGUCGCGGCGAAGGCACCUCUAGCGAUGUCGUCCAGGCCCAGGAUGGACCUCCACGAAGACGCGGAGAAGAACCUCGUCACCGCGACGUUCGAGCUCCCCGGGCUGAAGAAGGAGGACGUGCAGGUGAACUUGCAGAACGGCCUGCUCACCGUGUCCGGCGAGACCAAGUCGGAGUCGGACAAGGAGGAGCAGGGCUACGCGGUGCGCGAGCGCCGGUACGGCAAGAUCUCGCGCACGCUGCGCUUGCCGGAGGGCGUGAAGGAGGACGAGGUGAAGGCCGCGCUGGAGAACGGCGUCCUUACCGUCACCUUCCCCAAGACCGGCGCACAGAACACGCCGAAGAAGAUCACGGUGGCAUGAGUUGAAUGAGCUUGAUGAUGGACUUGCCUUGUAAUCACGGACUUGGAUGGAAAUAGCACUGUAUCAUAGCAAGCAAAUGGAUGGGAUUUCUGUUGGCUA